GGAAUACAAGCCCCUGAAACGGUUCGGCGUCAGUAAGGAUGUGAAAGAUGGCCGAGCGUCCUCUCACGGUUUGUGGCCCGUUGACGGCAAAGCCUUCUCCGGAUCGGCAACGGAUCGAGUCUCUUCUUCCUCAAACGUUUGCCGGCUCCAUAGAUGGGUCUACGAAGGAUGAGGAGUGGGACAGCAUCCAUGGAAAUGAGCUGAUCUUUGCUUUGGAUGAAGAGGAGGAUGUCGGCCUGGAGUCCGCAGACAGCUUCUCUCCGGGUGAAGAGGAGAUCGGAAAAGACCAAAUCCAUCCCGCAGAACCCGCAACCUGUGCAGCGUCCCCUCUUCCUUCGCCGAAGCUGGCCCCGCAAGGUCCCAAACCCUUGAUCAACUUGGUCAAGUCGGUCUCCACCGAGAUCGAAGCCCGGGAAGGCUCCCCAGCCCCGAAGCCGCAGCCGCUGUUGAGUUUGGUCAAGUCCAUCUCCACCGAGAUCUCGCGCCUGGAGCCCGAGGUGACACCGUCCAAAUCCGACUCCAAGCUCAACGUCCACCGCUGGCGGCAGAUCACCCACCCGAAGGGCAAGAACGGCGACUCGCGGACCGCCCCGUCCUCCCCAAACAUCUCCCCGUCGGAGAGCAGGGGCAGCUUCUUCAAAGCCCAGGAGGCCAAGUUCGAGGACACCAAGAGGCGCUUCUCGGAGGCCAUGCAGGAGCCGCUCAGCCGGCUCAGCAAGAUCAUCGGCGAGGAGAAUGUUUCCCCAAAACACAAACCGUCGCUCAACAACAGCCAAGACUCCCCUUCCAACCACGGCAAGGAAUCCACCAUCUUGGAGUGCUCCGGCCCAGGGACGGACUACCACGGUGCCACGGGAAAAGGACAAACGGAGGGCUUCGGCCUUGCAGAACCAAAGUGGGGCCCUUCCUCGAACUGCCGCUAUGAGAUCUGCUCCUACGGGGACCUGAUCCAGGUGGUAGAAGUGGGCACGGGCCCCGAGGAGGUGCGGACCGUGCGACCCUUGGACGCUGUCCUCCGCCCCGCCGAGUCCUGCGGCUCUGUGCCCAACAAAGCCCUCGCCUGUGUCGCCCUCUUGGCCUACAACUACUUCGUCCUUCCGUUGCCCCCCUAUGUCUCCGGCCUCUGCCUUGGCCUGGCCUCCGGCUUCCUCCUGGGCUUCCUGGUCAUCCUGUUGCUAGUGCCAAAGCGGAACCGUUCGCCACGGAAAACAAGGGCCCUCCAGGACGCCUUGCUGCUGGACGACUCGGUGCGGAGGCAGCCGAGAGACGGCAACGUACUCAAGGGCUGGAUGAACCAAAUGUACUUCUACGAUCCGGAGAUCUACCACCCGUCCCUGACCCACUCCGUGUUUGUCACUUUGGAGGACUCCAGCAUGACGCUCUCUUACCCCAAGAACAACAUCCCUCGAAGGGCCACUUUUGAGGAAGAAAUCCUUGAGGCGACGUUUGUGAAUCACCGGCAGUACGAGAUGACCGGUGCCCAGGUCUUCCUUUCCCCACCUGCUUUGGCCCGGAAGAGGAUGUGGAACAAGAAAUACCCCAUCUGCGUUCUUUUCCCAGACCCGAGCAACAUGGAGGCAGAUCCCGCAAGGGAGAAGGGUGCCAGGAAGAGGCCGGUUCCGGGCCAGGAGGCCCCGGCCAAGCUUGCACCUGAAGCCCCGGAAAGGACCCUCUACCUCUUUGGCCGGACGGGGCGAAGCAAGGAGGAGUGGUUCCAGCACUUUGUCAGGGCUUCCCGGCUGGAAGGUGGAGAGGCGCUCCAUGCCAACCCCAGCGAACCCCGGUCAGGUGUGAGCCCCUCCGGGAGGGCUCCCCACAGCGAGAGCAGUGGCAGCAGCAGCAGCCGGGGCAGCACAGAGGACAUCCCAGCUGCCCUCAAGCCCAAGGAGCUGGCAGUCAGCCUCCGGGAGAAGCUCCUCCUGGACUACGGCGCCUACAUGUCUCGGGUGGUGCCUCCGGCGAGUGAGGCCAGCCCAGCCCAGAGCCCCUGCCUCAGCGCCGCUAGCAGCCCGGACCCCAAAAGGAUCCAGGGGGAGGCGAAUCUGGUGGGUGGACCCUCCACGGCGUGGGUCAACGCGUUGCUCGGCCGGAUGUUUUGGGACUUCCUCAGAGAGAAAUACUGGGCCGACCAGGUCUCAAACAAGAUCCAGAAGAAACUGGGCAGAAUCAAGCUGCCCUACUUCAUGAAUGAACUCACCUUGACCGAACUGGACAUGGGGGCCUGCAUCCCACACAUCCUGAGCGCAUCCAGCCCUACGGUCGACAGCCAAGGGCUUUGGGUGGACAUGGAAGUGACCUACACAGGAUCCCUGCAGAUGACCCUGGAGACGAAGAUGAACCUGUACAAACUGGGCAAAGAGGCCUCUGGAGAGGAGAGCGGGAGAGCCGACCAUGGCAGUGAAGGAGUCAGGCCCCGCCUAGUCUUGCUGGCCGACAGCGAAGCUGAAUCCUCCAGCGCCGGUUCCUCCGAGGAAGAAGACGCCCCUCCUUCGGUGGAGAAUUCUUUGGGGGGCCCAGGAGAAAGGGUGGCCCCUCCCGGGAUGGAGAGCCACCUUGGCGGCCACAGCACCAGCAGGAAGAUCCUGCGCUUCGUGGACAUGAUCGCCAAGUCCAAGUACUUCCAGAAGGCCACCGAGAACGAGUUCAUCAAAAAGAAGAUCGAGGAGGUCUCCAACACGCCGCUGCUGCUGACCGUCGAGGUCCAGGAACUCACUGGGACCCUGGCGGUCAAUAUCCCACCACCUCCAACAGACCGAGUCUGGUACAGCUUCCGGAUCCCUCCGCAGCUGGACCUGAAAGUCCGCCCCAAACUGGGAGAACGGGAGGUCACAUUCAUCCAUGUCACCGAAUGGAUCGAGAAGAAGCUUCAGCAUGAAUUCCAGAAAGUUUUAGUGAUGCCAAAUAUGGACGACCUCAUAUUACCUCUGAUGCACUCUGGAUUGGAAUCCCAGGCGUUUGGUGAUGGAUCCCAGAAGGAAUCCCAUGAAGAAGUAUCUAAAGCAAGGAUGUAAUGGGAGACACUGAAUUUGGAAUCCAUCGUUUCUUGUGGCCGAAAGUGGAACAGGUCAAAGUGAGAGGUUUUCUUGUUUUGCAAGUUCUGAAGAGUUCGGCCGAUCCCCACCCAGGGGUUCAUCUGGGCCAAGGAGAUCAAUAGGGAGGCACUAAAAACCUUGAACUUCUCUCAAAUAGCCCCUCUCCCUCACGCUUGCAGAAGGUGGUUUCCCAUCUCAGCGCUCUCCAUAAAGGACCAUGAACCUCCACGAAACCUCAGCAAAAAGGAGAGCCAAUCGCUUUUGAAUGGCAUUGCAGAAGGGCUCCCUCUAGUGGCGGAAGGCGUCUGACUAUCCUAGCAUGGGAUUGGCCCGCCUUUCGCAUCUUGCGUUCGCAAAUGAAUGGCUGGAAAAAAAUCACACUGUGAAUCCAAAUCCACCUUGAAUGCCAGGGAGAAUGGGGCAAGAUGUCUAACAAGAACAACUGGACAUUUUAGGGGAGGCCAAAAAUGCAUUUUUAAAAAUAUGCUUGGUUUUGAUUCAAACGCUCUCUCCAUAUAUAUAUAUGAUCAGGGGAAUCUACGAAUGCUUGAGAAAUGCCAUGGUCUUGAAUAUAUAUUAUAUACACACACAUACAUAUAUUUAUAUACAUAUACAUACACAGGGAGAGAGAGAAAUGGGAUCAGAAAUCCAUGAAUUCUGAUCGAUUGAAUAUAUAUAUAUAUAUUGAAUAUAUAUAUAUAUAUAUAUAUAUAUAUAUAUAUAUAUAUAUAUUCGAUUGAUUGCUAUAUAUAUAUAUAUAUAUAUAUAUAUAUAUAUAUAUAUAUAUAUCUCCUGAAGACACUGUGAAUGCUUUAAAAAUGUUGUGGACUUGAAUACACACACACAAGUAUAUGGGAUCGGAAAUCUAUGAAUUCUGAUCAAAUAUAUAUAUAUACGUGUGUGUGUAUAGCUACACAUCCUGAAGAGUCUAUGAAUGCUUUAAAAGUGACAUGGACUUGGUCAUAUAUAUGAUACACAUAUAUGUAUGUGUGUGUGUGUGUGAGAGAGAGAGAGAGAAUAAGAUUCAUGGCUAUCUGGAUUGGGAAUCUCUGAAUUCUGAUCCAGUACACACACACACACACAUAUACAUGAAUCCUGAGAAGUACAUGAAUGCUUUAAAAGUGCCACGGCCUUGAUCAUUCAUAUAUAUACAUACACAUACUACAGUAGAGUCUCACCUAUCCAAGCUAAACAGGCCAGCAGAACCUUGGAUAAGCGAAUAUCUUGGAUAAUAAGGAGGGAUUAAGGAAGAGCCUAUUAAACAUCAAAUUCGGUUAUGAUUUUACAAAUUAAGCACCAAAACAUCAUGUUAUACAACAAAUUUGACAGAAAAAGUAGUUUAGUACGCAAUAGUAUUCCAUAGUAAUUACUGUAUUUACGAAUUUAGCACCAAAAUAUCAUGAUAUAUUGAAAACAUUGACUACAAAAAUGUCUUGGAUAAUCCAAAAUCUUGGAUAAGUGAGUCUUGGAUAAGUGAGACUCUACUGUGUAUGUAUAUGUGUGUGUAUAUAUAAGCUCAGGGGAAUCAAUGAAUCCUAAUCUCCCUCUAUAUCUAUAUAUAUCUAUAUAUAUAAAAGGGUAAUGAAAUUUCGGUCUAGGACAAAACAACAAAACUACACAUGCCAGAAACACUAAACUUGGCAGCACAACCCCUCAUCCAUGCCUCUACGUUCAUACAACAAAAAGAAAAGAAAAAUAAAGUCCUAAUUAUAGGGAGAGGAAUAAUUGCUUUCAUCCAAUUGCUGUCAGUUAGAAGGCUAACUCCGCCCACUUGGUCUCCUAGCAACCCACUCAGCCCAGGGGACAGGCAGAGUUAGGCCUCACUUAGGCCUCUUCCACACUGCCUAUAAAAUACAGAUUAUCUGAUUUCCCAUACCACCAUAUUUCGCCACAGCAGCUUGUGUGUGUGUAUAUAUAUAUAUAUAUAUAUGUGUGUGUGUGUGUGUGUCUGUAUACAUGUGUGUAUAUGAGUGUGUGUGUGUGUGUGUAUCUAUAUAUAGGAUCAGAGGAAUCCAUGAAUGCGUUAAGGAAAAUGCUACAAUCUUGAUUCAAAUACCCUCUCCAUCCAUAUAUGUAUAUAAGGAUGAAGAGGGUACUUGAAUAUAUGUAUGUAUGUGUAUAUCUCAGGAUUUAAAAAUUGCAGGUACAAGGUGCGAAUUCUGCCAUUGGAAGUAAAGGAACCCAACUGCAAAGAACGGAGAGAGCGAUAAAAGUCCUAACUGCUUUCACCUGCCUCCCAUUCAAACCUACGGGAGGAGGAAAAAACAAAACAAUCCAUAACAUACCAAUGCAAAAGAAGAUGGGACAUGACCGGGAUGUUGCCCAGACUAAAUAGCAUGACUCUGGGCAACGCCAUGGCGCUGUUUGACCUUCCAUGUCAUAAGUAAUAAUGAUUAAUAAUAACUUCCAAAUAAAUAAACAAAAAAGCAAUAGCUGGCGACUCGGAUAUGGCCAAACAAAGGGCUUUCGUUGCAAACCUUGGCUAAAUUGCGGUUGAAGUCGGAGCACUCGGGAAGAAUAAAAGGUUUGCAUCAAUA